GACAGCCAAGACAACGAGGAAAACGGCGUCCAUCAUCGGCACCAGAAACCUCACCACUCCGUUGGGUUCUGGCACCCAUCGAUGAGAAAGGUUCGCGCCCACGUCAUUCGGUUAUGGAUCCAGACAAUCACCAUUCUGUUCCUUUUCAUCCUCGCGGUCUUGUCAAUGUACUGGGCCGUUCUUUUCCGCACUGAGGAAAACCUCAGAUCAAUCACCGUUCAUGUGGUCGACUUUGAUGGACAGGUUGCCCCGUACAAAUCCGUACAACCCAUUGUUGGGCCGACAGUCGUACAAACCGUGCAGAAGUCAUUAGACAAGCCGGGCCCGUCACUGGGAUGGACGAUCUUACCGCCUUCACACUUCAACAACGACCCGACAGCUGUGAGGAUGGCCGUGUACGACUGGGACAGCUGGGCGGCUGUAAUCAUACACCCCAAUGCCACGGCGGCUCUGCAAGAGGCCGUCUCCACUGGGGAUGCAAACUACGAUCCAGCAGGCUCUGUUCAGAUCAUCAUACAAACCGCGCGAGAUUCGACGACGUACCAGAGCGAUAUUUCACCCUUCAUCACCCAAUUCACGGAGCAAUUCACUCAACAGUUUGGAAAGCAAUGGGGCCGGACCGUCAUGUCCAACACGUCUCUAAGUCGAGAGAACCUCGCGAAAGCUUCUUCUGCCGUCAAUCCUGGAAUCGCGCCCUUGAUGAUUGAUCUACGCCCCUUCCAGCCUGCUACUGCUACACCUGCAGUGAGCAUUGGUCUUAUCUAUCUAAUCAUCAUGGCGUUUUUCUCCUUUUCCUUCUUUUUGCCAAUUCACUCAAAAUACAUUCAGCCUCAGGGCCAUCCACCCUUACACUUCUGGCAGCUCAUCAUAUGGAGGUGGCUAGCCACAAUCGUCGCCUACUUCGUUAUCUCUCUCAGCUACAGCUUGAUAUCCCUCGCCUUCCAAAUUCCCUUCAGCGCACCACCCGCCUCGCCAACGGAACCAGCCCCUCCGACUGGCGCCACAGCUUAUGGCCACGGCACCUUCCCGGUCUACUGGAUGCUCAACUUUGUAGGCAUGUCAGCCUUAGGCCUCGCCUGCGAGAACGUGGCAAUGAUUAUUGGGCAGCCUUGGACGGCUCUAUGGCUCAUCUUCUGGGUCAUAUCAAACGUAUCGACUUCCUUCUAUGCUAUGGACUUGGCACCAGGGUUCUACCACUGGGGGUACGCUUGGCCACUUCGCCAGGUUGUAGAAUGCAGCCGUCAGCUUCUCUUCGACUUGCAUUCUAAGAUCGGACUGAACUUUGGUGUGCUCUUUGUCUGGACAGUGGUCAACACUGUGCUCUUUCCUUUUUGCUGCUACUUUAUGCGAUGGAAGAUGGAACACGACAAUAGGAUAGCAGAAAAGGAGAAGGAUCGGUAUGUGGUUGAGACCGAAGACGGGGAGAAGGAGUUUAAGAAGCCGGAGAGGCAAAAACCGCCCAUUAGAAAGCGCGGCUUUAUGAGGGGUCUUUGAUAGUCAGAAGCUUCGAU